AUGGUUAGUAUGGGAGUUAAAGACCUGUACAAGCUCAAAGAGCCUUUGAGCUACUCAGCCGCCUUUGCGGCGUUGGCUGUGGUGCAGUUACUUAACAUCAAGUCCAUUGGUUUAUCUAUUACAAUAGAAAAAGGUGUGCUAAUAAGAGCCGAUCCGGGGUUGACAACAGCCAUGGCCGCUGCCGCCGGUGUGGCUAUUAAUGAGUUAUUCGGCACCCCACUACUAAGGAGUGACCUAGUGCCUCUGAUAAUCGAUUCGGAGUCCAAAGUUUUAAAUUACAGUUAUAAUGUUGCUGCAGUCAUUUUGGGUGGAUUUGUUAUUGUUGGAGGUAAUCUGUUAGUAUAUAAGUCGUUAAAAUACCCAUCGAAAAAUCAUCUGUUCUUUGUGAUUCUCUAUUUGGAAUUUGACGUCUAUGGGACGGAAAUUACUGAGAAUUUGUCGGAGUAUUUGGACUACAAAAUGCUUGGUGAAGAAGUUGCAAUUUCAUCUUGUGUGUCUUCAAUCUUGGCAAGUGAUCCUGUAGGGUUUGGUAAAGCUAUAUCGUAUGAUGGUCCGAUGAAGGUUUCUGUAAUCCCGGGUUGGAAAUCGAUUAAGAAGGUGGCUAUGGAAGCCGGAGCUUACGGCUGCAGUACAACAGCUAUGGGACUUACGGUGGUGGUUGUCACUGACUGUUUCACUAAGGACGAACUGAUCGAUGAGAAGCAAGGAACCAAGGUCACGUUUAUGGAGGUUUGA